CAGUAGUGGUGUUUGACCGACCGACGGUCAGUGGAAAGCGACCAUGCGAUCGAUUUUGGCAGUGACCGCUAUUGUCUGCCUGUUUGCUGCGGUGGCAAACGGUAGCUACAUGACCAAGGACGUUAAAUAUGGCGACAAGACGUUCCUCGUGAAGCAAAAAGCCAUGCUAGAGAUUUUCCAACACAUUCAUCAACCGGAACUACACACGACGCUGUGGGAUGAGUCCAAAAAGUUUGACGUCGAACAGUACCUGGAUCACUACACCAAUGUGGAAGCUGUGAAAGAAUUCCUUCGGUUCUACAAACACGGAAUGCUUCCGCAGGAAGAGAUCUUCUCUAUUCACAACGAACUUCACCGCGAGGAAGUCAUCAGCUUGUUCCAUCUGUUCUUCUACGCGAAGGACUGGGACACCUUCUACAAGAGCAUGGUCUGGGCUCGCUUCCACAUCAAUGAAGGUAUGUUCGUGUACGCACUUACCGUCGCCGUCCUUCAUCGACCGGAUAUGCAAGGAAUUGUUCUGCCUGCUCCGUACGAGAUCUAUCCCUUCUACUUCUUCAACGACAUGAUCAUCAGCAAAGCACAGCGUUACAAAAUGCAAGGCUUCUACAAGAUGAAAAAAAUCAACGACGUCUACACCGCCGUCAUUCCGAGCAACUACACUAACUAUUACGUCCACACUGGACCGGAACAACGUGUUGCCUACUUCACCGAAGACAUAGGCCUCAACUCCUACUAUUAUUACUUCCACGCAGACUAUCCAUUCUGGAUGGGUGGCAAGGAAUUCGGCCUGCACAAGGAUCGUCGCGGCGAGUUCUAUCUCUACCAGCACCAGCAGUUCCUCGCUCGUUACUAUCUUGAGCGUCUUUCCAACGAUCUCGGAGUGAUUCCUUCAUUCUCAUGGCACGAUCCAAUCACCACCGGUUACUAUCCCUAUCUGCGUUACUACAACGGCGUACCAUUCCCGGUUCGUGACAAUUAUUUCACUGCUUCUAUCGACAAGAGCUACCUGCUGGAGGAGAUUGAAGACUACGAACACCGUAUCAUGGAAGCGAUCGAUCAAGGCUACAUUACUCUGCCCGACGGAACCAUCGUUAACAUCACCACACCGCACGGAAUCGAGUAUCUUGGCAAUCUUAUUCAAUCCAACGGUGACAGCCUCAACAGCCGCUACUACGGUUAUCUCGAAAUCCUCGGAAAGUUCUUCCUGGGUGGUUCCUUCAAAGUGUUCAACGAGUAUCGCUUUAUCCCAUCCGUCCUGGAAAAAUUCGAAACCGCUAUGCGCGAUCCAAUGUUCUAUCAGCUGUACAAACGCAUCAUCCAUUUCUACUACCGCCAGCUGGAUCUACUGCCAUCAUACACCAAAACCGAACUCACCUUCCCUGGUGUCAAGAUCGAAUCUGUCGAAAUGGACAAACUGGUUACCUAUUUCGACAAGUUCGACGCCGACAUCACCAACGCCGUUGACGUUGAGGUAUUCGACGACACUUUGAUGAAGUCCAGCGAGAUGAAGAAAUUCGGCAAAAUCGCUCACUACCAGGGUGAAGACUUUGUCAUCUACGCUCGAAUGCCACGAUUGAACCACCUUCCGUUCACCUUCAAUUUGAACGUCGUUUCCGAUAAAGCCCAGCAGGCUAUACUAGUGGUGUUCGUCGGUCCCAAGUAUGACCAGUACGGAAACAUCUAUGGUGUGAACGAAAACCGGGAAAACUUCUUCGAGCUUGAUCACUUCCUGGUCGAUCUGGUGCCGGGCAAGAACUUGAUCACCCGCAACUCGCAGGACUUCAGCUGGUUCGUCAAGGAUCGCACCACCUACUUCGAGCUGUACAAACAGAUCAUGCUGGCGUACACCGGUGCGAGCAAGUUCCCGCUGGACAUGUCCGAAGCUCACUGCGGUUUCCCGGCCCGUUUGAUGCUACCGAAGGGCAAGAAGGGUGGCAUGCCGUUCCAGUUCUUCUUCAUGCUGGCACCGUACCACGCACCGAAGAUGCCACGCUUCACCGGUUACGAUCCCACGCUGUCCUGCGGGGUCGGUUCCGGGGCACGCUACAUCGAUACGCUGCCGUUCGGUUAUCCGUUCGAGCGUAGGAUCGACGAGUCGGCGUGGUUCACACCGAACAUGAAGUACUACGAGACGAUGAUCUACCACAAGAGCGAGACGGAGGUGAAUGCGGUCGUCGUUUGAGGGAGUGGGGGGCUUUGUUUUGGGUUUUUACUUUUCAUGACAGAUCGUGUAGUAUUAGCUCGAUUGGGUUUUCGUCCAAAUAUAUACAGAGAGGUAGGCUUUUAA